AUGGGAGGAGGGAGUAUGACCGGGCCCGAGAGACCAUGCGAGAAGGUGACAGAGAUGGCCGGUGGAGGCGGAGUGGAGAGAGGGAGUGUGAGUAUGAAGGACGAGGGAGGGAUUUGUUCUGCAAUGCGAGCGACACAGGGAGGAGGGGUGAGGGCAGGAAGAUUUGGCAGCGUGAGGAGUGGAGUGGAGAGGAUAUGGUCGACAGAAGUGAUGAACUAUAACGAGUCUUCUGAUGGUGAGAGCAGUGGGGAGGAGGAGAGAAGGAAGAGGGGGAGCAGGGGUGGAGCAGCAGGAGGAGAGAAGGACCAAGAAUGGAGUGUGCAUGGGAGUGAGAGUGAAAGCGAGUCGGGGCAUGCGGAGGAGUGGAGAGAGAGGAAUCGUGACACCAGGAGGGGCAUAGAGAGUGAUGAUGAUGGCUCUGAUGACUCAGCUGGCUCUCACAGGUUUGAUGAGUCAGACGGGUUAAACGUGGCAGACGAAGCUUUCAAGGCUCACAAGGCAGACCAUGCAGUGGAGGGAGAAGAGACAGACGAGAUGGAUGAGGCCGAAGGGGCUGAAGAGGCAGACGAGGCGAAUGAUCUUACUGCGUGUUGUGAACAUCCGGAUCUUCUCGACAUGGACGACGCAGAUCUGCUGGCGGUGCUGCCGAGCUGCCUGGCGUUCGUGGAGGAGAGCGUGAAUUGCGGGGAGAAGGUGCUCGUGCACUGCCACGCUGGCGUGUCGCGAAGCGCAGCAGUGGUUACUGCAUAUCUUAUGAAACUGCACAGAUCGACGGCUGAGGACGCUCUCCGUCUGCUGCAGUCCAAGCACCCACUUGCAUGCCCCAACGACGGCUUCCUGCAUCAGCUACGCAUAUUCCACAGCAUGGGAUGGGUUGUGGACCCCCACCACCCGGACUAUUCGCGCUUCAAGCUGCGCCUCAUGGCUCGCCGAAUCACCGGCUCCCUGCACCAUGGCGAGCCCAUUGGGCCAUGUCCCAUGGGGUGGGCUGUCAACCCCCAUCACUCCGACUACUCUCGCUUCAAGCUGCGCCUCAUGGCUCGUCGAAUCACUGGCUCGCUGCACCAGGGCGUGCCGUUCGAGGCUGGCAACGGAGCUGCUAGUAACGGGGAUGCUAUUAGCGGGGAUGCUCAGUUACGGGCUGGAGUGGGGCAAGAGGGGGAGUGCCGGCAGGUGGUGGCAGCAGCAGCCAAUGUGCUCCCUCAUGCCCCCAAACCACCUGCCAGCGCCACUGACCCUGCUGCUGGCGGUGCUGCUGCUGGGGGUGGUGACGGUGCUGCUGCUGCUGGGACUGGUGGGGAAGGGGGCGGAGGUGUCAGGUUUCGUGGGAAGGGCAAGGAUUGGAGGAGUGGGGCGGAGAGGGGAUGCACGUCUGUGUUUGUGGAGCCACUCAAAUGGAUGGGCGACGGUGAGCAUGGGUGGGAAGUGGUGAGUGCAAAGCGGGCAGGUAGAAGGCAAGCUGUCAUGCGCCCAGUGCUCUACUCGCCUUGGCUAUUUCAACUGGUCGGGAGCACAGUGCAGCUGUGGGGAGUGGGUCACCCCAGCAUUCCAGCUGCAUAA